AUGUUAAAUUAUAUCUUAACAGAUAGAAUAGAGAUAUUAUAUUAAAUAGGAUUUGCAUAGAAUGAGAUUGGAAAUAAUGAAUAGAUAUUCUUGGAUUAUAAUAAAGCCCUUUCUGUUAGAUCUUAAAAAUCAAAACAGUAACAAUCAAAAUAAUAUUGAAUAGGAAUUUUAUUUAAAUACAUUGGAAAUUAAGAAGAGGCAUUCGACCCUAUGAAUAGUAAGUCGAAUUUAACAGAGGUAACAGUCUUUAUAUAUCGGUAGGAAUCUUGUAUGAUGUAAUUGUGAAUAAAGAAUAUGCACUUAUAGAUUAUAAAAAUGCAAUUUGAUUAAAUCCAACGAAUAGUAUAUUUUUUUUAUAAAAAAAUAAUCAAUAAUUUAUUUUGAUUAGGAGUACAUUAAGAAAUAUAGAUUAGACACACCAAGAUUUUGCAAAGUCCAUUCAAUUUACUUUGUAUGUUCUUGCUUAUACAAGCAUACUAAUAAAUGUUUUAUCUCAAUAGGUUCUAAAUAUUUGUUAAUGGGAAAAAUAGAGUAUAGUAGACUCAAAGAUUUAAUAUUAAGGUAAUUCUUAUUAUAAUUUUAGUAAUAAAAAUAUUCUACACUGAUUAGAAGGCAGAUUAGAUAUAAGGGAAAUAAUCAAUAAAUUAUCCUCAAUUGAGGAAUGGCCAAUUUGAUUUAAUAUUAAAGAUCUAAAAUCUCAUUGUAAUAUAAAUUCAAAUAAGGUUUAGUCCUUUCUGAUUAUUUAAAAGCAAAGGAUCUGGAUUAAGAGAAUCGUUUCGGCUAUCAAUUUAAAAAUAACUUUAUUUGUUUAAUAAAAUAUUUCAUUUGCUUCUAAAAAAGGCAAUGCUAAUAUAUUUAAAAGGAAUUAAUCUGGAGGAAUUGUUUUAUUAAAUCAAUAAAACAAUUCAAAUUUAUACCAAUUGAUUAAAAUUGGAUAUUUUAAUAUAAUCUUACAUCUAAUUAGAUUAAUCAAUUUUAGAUAACAUUUAAGAGAGUGCAAUCAAGAAUUUACAAUACUUAGAAGGGUUAAAAUACUUGUGGGCGAUGUGAUAGAUUAAUAAUGAAGUAUGU